UUACGGCAGCACCUAGAUGGGCUCUAGGAAAAUAAUUGCUCUUUCCUUUUGGCGGAAUAAGCAACUAUCAAGCCAACCAAUAUUAGCCAAGGAGGUACCAGGGCUUUUAUUUGAUUAAUUCUACCCACGAAUCUAUUAUUCGUACUAUGCGUCGACUUAAAGCUCUGAUAAGGAGACGAAGUUACGAUGAGAAAAGUCCGGUCCCCCCUGAGAGGAAUACGGCGAGGCUAUCGGACGCCCGACGAAGCCUCGGAUCUAAUGGUCGUCAUUCGACUACGAAAGAGGAUCGACAUAUUACAGGUCUUAAUUUAUCAAAGGGCAAUGAGAGCCCAGUGGAACAUGGAACAGUCGAACACAAGAGUCCCAAUUCUCAACAUGAGGCAAAUACAAAUACAAUUAGUCUCGUCGCAGUACAGCCAAACCUAGGAACGUCGAUUGGGAAGAUCUCGGAGCGUCAGAGAAACAUGUUGGUAAAGAAUCAUAGGAAAGAUGUGACUAGGAAAGAUAUGCCUGGGCAUUUUUACUCUGAUAAACUAGCCAGCACGGAAGAGCAACCAAAAAAGUCGUCAACAGAAAUACAACAUAGUAAAGACAGACAGUUAGCUCCAUCUAUGAGGGAGCCGGACCGUCCCGUAGAGAUACUUCACAAGGAGGAUAACGCUACUCGACCAGGAGAACGUAGUGGUGCAGGGGGUGAGAAGACCGUCAUAGACCUCAGGGAUACCGUAGAUACCGACGAGACUAUUACUUAUGCACCAGCGGUUACGCACGAAACCAUUCGCCCUCAGGUGCACGAGAUUCUAGAAGAACAGAUAUACCGCGAGAUCCAUAAUCAUGACGUAUAUCAUCGAAUCCAGCCUGUAUACGAGGUUGAGAUCCUUCCUGCCCGCCAUUUUGUCCCCGGACCCAACGGUGGUCUAGUUGAAGUGCCCGAGGAUUCUAUCCCAGAGUGCACCGGUGCGAAUCAAAACUGGCACGUGAGCAAGAAACCACCUCGCGCUGCGUCGUUACCUACUCUACGUCAGCCAGAGUGUAUAGUUGAAGACAACGCGGUUCGCGAGCCUAUUGAGAAGGACGCUGAAAGAGGGGGGGAUCUCAAGCCCACGAAGACACAAACUACUACCGACGACCAAGACGUCAAAGACGUAUACUUUGAUAGUUGGCAAUCCAGCGCUGCUCGGAUAUUCUAGGAAGCUAUUUGAAAAUAUUAGUAUGACAUUAGCGAAUCGAUGAGAAGCAAUUCUUUUCAUUUCCUCUGCGCGGACGCCGGUCAUAAGCACUCGAAAGAGACUUGUAGUUUAAGUCUCUCAUUUCCUCUCGCUUGGUGCACAUUUAGGGUUCUGCCGAUUCAUUCGGUCCCGGAUGAUAUAGAAUUAGCU